UUGAAAAGGGCUGUGGAUGCAACGUUGGUGUUUGCGCAGGAGGAGGCUGGUACAGCCGUGUGCAUUUCCGCACAGGGACUAAUCCUAACAUGUUCGCACUGCAUUGCCGAAACACCCUUCGAACUCAACCUCGAUAAAGCAUGGUGGCUACUGUUCGCCUCAGGUCAGGUCGUGCAAGCGAAAUGUUUGAAAUGGGAUCAGAAGCGGGAUUUAGCGCUCUUGCAAAUCGUCGCUGCACAGGGUACUAUUCAAAAACGGGCAGAUGAAAACCUCAACCCCACAUAUUCUUUCCCCUUCCCGUACACCACCCUCUCGCCCUCGCCUCCCCCCCUAAGGACACCCCUACUCUGCACCGGCCACCCCGGCUCCGAAGACCUGGAGGCCCACCAGCCAGGCAAAGCAACUGGCUACGACGUCCUGCAUAUCAGCGAAGGGAAGUUUCGCGGGUACGCAAAAGGUCAAGACAGGCAGGAUAAUGCAGAAAUCGGCGCGCUGAUGCAUGAUUGUUGGACUUAUUGGGGGCAUUCGGGGGCGGGGCUUGUGCUUAGAGAGGGGAAAGGGGGGGAAGGGAGAGGGAAGGCGGGGGAGUUGGUGGGGUUGCAUUCGAGUUGGGAUGAAGAAACGGGGAUUCGGAGGGGGAUUGGGUUGGAGGCGCUUUGGGAGUUUGUUGAGGAA